AUGCCCAAGAAGGUUACCAUCGUCGGCUCCGGAAACUGGUAAGAAUUACUCGAUAUUUGUUGUUUUCGUUUUUAGGCUCAACCCGAAGAGAGAUAGAAAGAAGAGCGCCUGUGGGUUUAGCGGUUUUCUUUUGUUGUUUGCUCAGACGUUCCAUAGAUAAUAUAAUUUUUGGAGAGAGGGUGAAAAACCUUGCGAUUUUUUUCUGAAGACGCGGGAAAUUAGACCUAGUUUUGAUGGACAGAAAGAAAUUUGAAUAUAUUUUUGACCACAGCGAGUUUUGACCAAUUUUAUAUUGUUCAAGGAAGGCCUAUGAUUUUCGAGAAUAACUUGAAUAUUUUGUCCAAUUUUUCGGUAGCAUAUAAUUUCUAUAGCUAGAUCAUGGACCGAGGACUCUGUUUUACCUUGAUUUUAUGUUGAGAGUGGAAACGAACACCGGAAACGGGUAGUUUUUUUGCGGUUCUUACUUCCGGAUGGAGACACAAAGAAAAUAACUGCGUUUUCCUCAAUUUAUCGAACAAUACCGAUAAUUUCAGGGGCUCAGCUAUUGCUCGAAUUGUUGGUGAGACCACGAAAGCGAACCCGGCCAUCUACGAUCCCGAUGUUGUCAUGUACGUGUAUGAGGAACAGGUGGAAGGUGGUAAGCUCUCGGAGAUCAUAAAUACUCGCCAUGAAAACGUGAAAUACCUCCCUGGAAAGAUCCUUCCCUCCAACGUGAGAGCCGUCACUGAUUUGGUGGAAAGCUGCAAGGAUUCGGACGUCCUGAUCUUCGUCAUUCCACAUCAAUUCGUCAAGAGGACCUGUGCUCCGUUGAAGGGAAAGCUGAAGCCCGGUGCUAUUGCGAUUAGUCUGAUCAAGGUGAGGAAGGUUGGGGGAGGUGUAAGCUGGCUUAUAAGGGGUUUUGUGGCGGUGUUUUUACUUGAGAAUUAUUUUUUUUGGAUUUUUUGUUAAAAAUUACCUUGUUUUAGUCAAAAUUUUUGGAUUUUGAACAUUUUUCGAUAUUUUUCGUUGAUCAAGAGUAUGAAAAUGCCUUCAAUAGAUAGCUCACAGUUUUAUGGACACAAUUUUUUGUCUUUUUUGAUUUGAAAAUCCACUUUUUCAGGGAGUUUCCGUUGGCGAAGGCGGUGGAAUUCACCUGAUCUCCGAGAUCAUCCAGCACGAGCUCAACGUUGAUGUCGCCGUCCUCAUGGGUGCUAAUCUUGCUCCGGAGGUGGCGAAUGAGAAUUUCUGCGAAGCCACGAUCGGAGCGAAGGACCCGAAACUGGGCCAGGAAUUGAAAACUCUCUUCCAUUGCAGCUACUUCAGAGUCAACGUGGUCAAGGAUGCUCACACUGUGGAACUUUGCGGUGCUUUGAAGGUAAGAGUGGGACGUUUUUAGACAAUUUCAAGCUGUUUGACUAGUUUUUUUUUGACAGUUUUUGUCUAAAACAAUAUAAAUUGAUCAUAAAGUGAGAAAUUUUUCGAUAUCAGCUUGAUAAAUCCCCGCUUCAAGGUCCUAAAUUUGUCGUUUCAGAACGUUGUCGCAUGUGCUGCCGGAUUUUCGGACGGCCUUGGCUACGGCGACAACACCAAAGCAGCUAUCAUUCGCUUGGGAUUGAUGGAAAUUAUCAGAUUCGUGGAAGAAUUCUACCCGGGAAGUCAGUUCACCACCUUCUUUGAGAGCUGUGGGAUCGCGGACUUGGUCACCACCUGCUAUGGAGGAAGAAACCGAAAAGUUUGCGAGGCGUUUGCCAAGACCGGAAGAGUAAGAUAAAUUUGAUUUUUUGGGGGAAGUUAGAUGUAAUGACGUGUAAUAAGGGGAAAUUAGCCUUUUAAAUAAGGGAAUAAGAGGACUAGGAGCCUUUAGAGAGUAAAAUAAUAGUGGAUUUUGGAGUUUUUUAUAUUACUUUAGGUGGUUUUGAUAUAACGGUAUGAAAUUUAUAGCGUUAUAUUUGUUUUUAUUAAAUUUGGAAGUUCAAGUGUAAUAUGUGAAGGCGUGGUUUACUCUGCGGAAGAUAAAUUUCAAGUUGUUUCGACCCGAAAUUUAUUUUUUUUACAAAAAAUUUUUUUUUACAUACGUGACGGAGCUGAUCCAGUGGAAAAAACGUACCAUUUUGCUUCCAAUACAAUAUGUGAAGGCGUGCUUUACUCUGUGGAAAUGAAUUUUCAGUUUUUUCGACCCGAAAUUUAUUUUUUUACAAAAAAAAAAAUUUUUUUUUACAUACAGUGACGGAGCUGAUCCACUGGAAAAAACGUACCAUUUUGCAUCCGGGAAGUAUCAAAAAUGUGGCAAAAUGUCUCCUUCUCCAAGUGAAAAAAACUCCGUUUUGAAGGGCUCCCUCACAAAAAAAGCGGGCGCACUUUUGAAAUCGGAGUUUUUUCACUUGGAGAAGGAGGUAUUUUGCCACAUUUUUGAUACUUCCCGGAUGCAAGAUGGUACGUUUUUUUCCACUGGAUCAGGCCGUCACUGUAAAUUUCCAUUUUUUAGCCUAUUGCCGAACUGGAAUUGGAACUCCUGAAAGGGCAAUCCGCCCAAGGCCCACCAACCGCCGCCGAAGUCUUUUCCACCCUCGAGUCCCGCAAAGUCUCCCACAAGUUCCCGUUGAUGGUGGCGGUUCACAAGAUCUGCACCGGUCAGGAGAAGGUCGAAAAGUUUAUCGAUUACAUCCGCGACCACCCCGAACAUCAUCAAAAACCCCACGUCUUCUGA